AUGGCUGCUGUCUUUUUCGUUUUACAUUCCUCUACGGCUAUCCAAAGUCAUCGAUUGGUUCACUUAAAGUCAGUCAGCUUGUUACAUCGCCUAUACACUACAAGGCCGGAGUCAUCUCAGCUUGGUGUCGCUUUUAAUACUUUGCGUAUUGGGGUCCCAAAGGAAUCUUUCAUAGAUGAAAAGCGCGUUUCAGUUACCCCCCAAACUGCCAACCUGUUUUCAAAAUGUGGCUUCAACGUUUUCGUUCAAACUGGUGCCGGCGUUAAUUCUAAUUUCUUAGAUUCGGAUUAUAUAAAGGCUGGGGCUAAAAUAAUCACAGACAGUGAAGAAAGUUUGUAUAAUCAAAGUGACAUUAUCUUGAAAAUACAACCACCUACGCUGGACUCACUCCCUAACCUAUCAGAUGAAGUCAGUAUGCUGAGACCUAACAGCACAUUAAUUAGUUUGAUUUACCCUGCCAAAAAUCAAUCGUUAAUUGACGCACUAAGUAAGAAAAAGGUGAAUUUAUUAGCUCUUGACUGUAUACCACGGAUAAGUCGGGCACAAUCAUUUGAUGUCUUGUCUUCAAUGGCUAACAUCUCCGGGUAUAAAGGUGUAAUUGAGGCUGCUGGAUUGUUCAAUCGAUUUUUCGCAGGUCAGAUUACAGCUGCUGGUAGGAUUCUACCUGCAAAAGUAUUAGUUAUUGGUGGCGGUGUAGCAGGUUUAUCAGCUGUUAGUACAGCAAAAAGUCUUGGUGCUAUUGUACGAGCUUUUGAUACACGUGAAGCAGUUCGUGAACAAGUUGAAUCAUUUGGUGCAGAAUUUUUAACUGUAAAUAUACAAGAGUCCGGGGAAGGAGGAGGUGGAUAUGCUAAAGAAAUGUCUCAAAAAUAUCUUGAAGCAGAAAUGGAAUUAUUCGCAAAACAAGCCAAAGAAGUAGACAUCAUUAUUACCAGUGCUUUAAUCCCAGGAAAACCAGCGCCAAAACUUAUAACUAAGGCUAUGGUAGAAUCAAUGCGUCCGGGGUCAGUUAUUGUCGACUUGGCUUCAGAGGCUGGAGGAAAUGUAGAAACAACAGUACCAGGCAAAUUAACAUAUCAUCAUAAUGUUGCUCAUAUUGGUUAUACUGAUCUACCCAGUCGAUUACCAGGUCAAGCAUCAACUUUAUUUUCAAAUAAUGUAGCAAACUACCUAUUAUCCAUGACUCCUCCUGGAUCGAAAGACCGAUUUUAUCUUAACUUAGAAGAUGAUGUAAUUCGUGAUAGCCUUAUAUUAUAUAAUGGAGAACUUAUGUGGCCUCCACCUGUACGUUCUCAACCGACAUCAGCAUCAAAACUAAUUAAUAGUAAACAAUUAAGUAAAGCUGGAAGCAGUAUAACAUUGCAAUCUGAAGAUUCCUCAUCUGUUUUUAAAAAUAAACUUCGUUCUGCUAUAUCGACGUCGGUUUGCUUAAGUGGUUUAGUUGGUCUGGGUCUAUAUUCACCUUCUCCAGCAUUUACCACUAUGUUAACAACAUUUGGCCUUUCGAGUAUUGUAGGUUAUCAUACAGUCUGGGGAGUAACUCCAGCACUUCAUUCUCCACUGAUGUCUGUUACUAAUGCUAUCUCCGGUAUUACAGCCGUUGGAGGUUUGCUUCUAAUGGGUGGUGGUUUCUAUCCAUCCAGUGUGCCUGAGAGUUUAGCAGCAUCAGCUACUCUUUUGUCAGCGAUCAAUAUUGGUGGCGGUUUUGUUGUUACUCAAAGAAUGUUGAAUAUGUUCAAACGUCCCACUGACUUACCAGAAUAUAAUUAUUUACUUACCAUUCCAGCUGCUGGAUCAUUAGGCGUUUAUGGAUAUGCUAUUUUAACUCUACCUCCAUCAUUAUUAACUGAUAUGCAUCAAACUACAUACUUAGCCUCUUCACUUUGUUGCAUUGGUGCAUUGACUGCUUUAUCUAGUCAAAAACGUUGUCGUGUUGGUAAUGCUUUGGGUAUGAUUGGUGUAACAAGUGGACUAAUAUCUACUCUAGGACUUAUACAGCCAAAUUUAGAAUUACUUACUCAAAUGGGAGCAUGUUUAACUGGUGGAUCAUUAAUAGGUUCCAUUGCUGCUAAACGUAUUCAAGUGACAGAUUUACCACAGAUGGUUGCUUUAUUUCAUAGUCUAGUCGGUGCCGCUGCUGUACUUACAUGUAUUGCAAACUAUAUGGUUGAAAUGCCUCAUUUAAUUUUGGAUCCGAAUUGCUAUGGUGCAUUACAACUUAUGAAAACGGUGGCAUAUUUAGGCACAUAUAUUGGAGGCAUUACAUUAACUGGAUCAUUGAUUGCUUUUGGUAAACUGCAAGGUAUUUUAAAAUCAACUCCACUGCUGUUACCGAUGCGGAAUACGUUGAAUGCUAGUUUAGUAACACUGUCUGGUGGAUGUCUUGUUGGUCUUCUUUCACUUGGUACUGAAUCUGUGCUACCUGGGCUUGGAUUACUUAUUGGGGGAGCUGGUGUUGCUGGCGGAAUUUCUGGUUUGACUUUAACAGCUGCUAUUGGAGGUGCAGAUAUGCCGGUUGUAAUAACUGUAUUAAAUAGUUAUUCCGGUUGGGCAUUAUGUGCUGAAGGUUUUAUGCUGAAUAAUAGUUUAAUGACUGUAGUUGGUGCAUUGAUUGGUUCAAGUGGUGCAAUUCUAUCCUAUAUUAUGUGUAAAGCAAUGAAUCGUUCAUUACCCAAUGUGAUAUUAGGAGGUUAUGGAACUUCUUCAUAUUCCGGUGGAAAAUCUAUGGCUAUUACAGGUGUUCAUCGUCAGACGAAUGUUUCAUCCGUUGCUAAUUAUUUAAAUGAUUUUAAUGAAAUUAUUAUUACACCUGGUUAUGGUUUAUGUGUUGCUAAAGCACAAUAUCCAUUGGCAGAAUUGACUAAAGAAUUAAUCAAACGCGGUAAACAUGUACGUUUUGCUAUACAUCCUGUUGCUGGAAGAAUGCCAGGACAACUAAAUGUUCUUCUAGCUGAAGCUGGUGUACCAUAUGAUAUUGUUCAUGAAAUGGAUGAAAUCAAUGCUGAUUUCUCAAAAACCGAUUUAGUACUAGUGAUUGGAGCGAAUGAUACUGUUAAUUCUGCAGCUGAAGAAGAUCCCAAUUCUAUAAUAGCUGGUAUGCCUGUACUACGUGUAUGGUUGGCUAAAAAGGUUGUUGUUGUCAAACGAACAUUAGGCGUUGGUUAUGCGGCAGUUGAUAAUCCUAUAUUCUUUAAAGAAAAUACUGAAAUGUUAUUAGGUGAUGCAAAAACUAUUUGUGAUGACUUAUUAAAUGCAUGUCAAAAUCCAUCAUGA